CAGCAAUGGGUUUGAGUUUGUUACAACUACAGUACAACAACGAUAAAGAACAUGGGCCACCCAUUGGUGCACCACGGAGUAGGAUUUCUCAGUUAGUUGAGUCAUGAUUGUCCAAUAGGAAUGCUCCCUACCUAAACUCUUAUUGGACAGACAUGACUAACAGGAAUCCUGCUUCAUGGAACACCCUCCAGGGUUGAACAAGCGUCAACAGUAUUCUUUCGCGGUCCAACGUUUUCAUUCGUGUUACUCUACGACGCAAAACAUACCAAAAAUAAAACAUUUGUUCUUUAAAUUCACGUAGGCUACAGCGGUACUGUGUUACCGAGGCAAGCAACUUCGGACUGCAACUCCCACAAUGCAACACAACGGAUGAUAUUCCGGUCACACACGGAAAUUUGGGGUGGUUUUUUCUUGUUUUGUAGAAGUGGAGUGGUGAAAGUCAUUCUGAAUUGGUUAAAGACCUAUUAUUAAAACAAGUUAUGUGCAGUAGAAAGGUUUUGGUGUUCCCCUCCGCGGAGGAGAUGGGUCCGGCGCUGGCUCGCCUGGUGUCCUCCCGUGCAAAGCGAGCUUGUAGCUCCCAGCGCCGCCGGUUCUCCCUCGGCCUGUCGGGGGGCAGUCUGGUCUCCAUGCUGAGCCGGGAGCUACUAGCCCUCCCUGACCUCGACAGCAGCGCUUGGAUCGUGGGCUUCUGUGACGAGAGGCUGGUUCCAUUUCACAAUGAAGAAAGCACCUACGGACUGUAUAAGAAUCAGCUUCUCUCCAAAAUAAAUAUUCCAGAAGAUGCUGUUCUAACUAUUAACCCUUCGCUACCCGUGGAAGAGUGUGCAGAAGACUAUGCCCGCAAGCUGAGUGAGACCUUCCCAGGUGAGGAGGUCCCGGUCUUUGACCUGCUGCUGUUGGGCAUGGGCCCGGAUGGACAUACCUGCUCACUUUUCCCAGAUCACCCCCUACUGGAGGAGACCAAAAAGACAGUGGCUCCCAUCAGGGACUCGCCGAAGCCCCCUCCUGAGCGCGUUACCAUGACGCUGCCAGUGGUCAAUGCUGCCCGCUGUGUUGCCUUCGUGUCCACUGGGGCCAGCAAAGCCCCCGUGUUAAAGCAUGUCCUGGAGGGAGGAGAAGGCCCGCCGCUACCCGCAGCACGAGUUGUGCCCAGCCAGGGAGAGCUACUUUGGCUGCUGGAUGAGCCUGCUGCGGCUUCCCUGUCUCUUCAAGUUCAAAGGCCUCCCCCUGGUGCAGAGCUGUAACCCUACCACAAGGGGGCACCAUCGAGGCAGAACAUCAGCAAGGCACAAACGUCUCCAGAUUCUGUUUCCACCACCCAUGUAGGAUGUGUGAAUCUGCACAAUUUACAUAGUCUGAUUUAAUUACUUUAUUUACUUGACUUGUGUCUUCCUUGAGGAUUUGCUAUUGAGCAAUGUAUCCUUGUUUAGUAGUUAAAUAAUUUCCAAAUCAUGGACUUGUAUCAGGACCAAGAUACCUCCGUGGUAAAUGGCACAGGGGCUUCUAAGAGACAUAAAAAAACAGUAUAUGGUCUUUAAAUUUCAUGCUGUUAACUAGACUGUGUCCAGUGAAAGUGUUAAAGGUUAGGGAGAAAAAGUUCCCUCUAUACUGAAGAUUUUUUUUCCUUGUUUAGUUUUCAAGUCAUGUCAGCGGUUACCAGUCCUCUUACUUUAGAUGUAAUGAAAACACAGCUGUGGGUAGAACUGGACUUGCAUUAAACUGAGGGAGACCUGAAUAAUCGCCAACAGAGCUGAAGAGCCCUGAAACCUGGACGGAACCUGUCUGGUGGACCAUGUGGUUGGCUUGCUGAUUAUUGCGACCCAGCUAUAAUUUUUAGAUCCUGUGGGGGACCACAAUAAAAGGAUCAAGAUGGUA